GCCUUCCGCAUCCCGCGGCAAACGAGCUCCUUCUUCUACGGAGGCAUUCCUUCAAGGGGGAGUAGUCUCGAGACGAUGAGGAUGGGUGCAGUCCAGUCCUUGCGGGCGAGCCGAAUCGUGGCUGUGACCUCCUCUGGCAAAGCCUCAGAAGGGGAUGCAUCUGCUGCGGCUCAGCGGAGACUCCAGAUCUCACCUCUGUCCUCGAUCUCGUGGCCAUCAGAGCUUCGGAAACGGGUCCGGAUGAGCCGGUGGGAUAGGGCGUUGAUGCUGGUCCUCAUUGGUACCCUUACCGGUUUCACGAGGAGCUUCCUCGUGUUCGACACGGUGUGGAUCCAGCGGGGCCUUUAUGACGAGUCCAAUGAGUGGUGGAAUUUGGGUACCAGCAUCUUCACUGCUUUGGCCGCUUCGGCGGUGGUGUCGAAGAGUGGCUGCAGCUGGUCUGGAAGCGGCCUCCCCGAGGUGAAGACCAUCUUGGGCGGUUUCGUGAUGGAUGACGUGCUGUCAUUUGGAGUACUCCUCUCCCGAAUGCUGGGCCUGGCGAUCGCUCAGGCCUCGCAGCUGAUGCUGGAUGUUCAGGGAGCUGUGAUCCAUGUAGCUGCCUGCUGGGCUGACCUGUGUUCACGCUGUGGCAGCAAGAGCUUUUCGAACGAGGCCAACAGGCGUGCACUGAUCAGCGCUGCCUGCGCUGCCGGCGUCUCCGUCGCCUUUGGAGCUCCCUUAGGCGGGGUCUUGUGGAGCUAUGAGCAGAUGAGCAGCAAGUUCACGCAGCAGACCUUGAUCAUGGCCUUCAUGGCAUCCAUCAUCGCCAAGCUCGCCCUUCAGGAUCUUGAGUCCGGAACAGGCUCGCAGCAAGCGUUUCGAGCGAUGAAGUUAGAAGGGUCCGCCGCCCGACAUUUGCCCGGGGCGCUGCACUUUGUCUUUUUCGCACUGCUUGGCGUCCUGGGGGGUCUUUUGGGCGCCGGCUUCGUCUAUGGCAACCUGCAGGUUAGCCGACAACGGGCACGGUGGGGUUGGACCACGGGAUGGAAAGCUGCUGCUUUGGUAGCCGCUGUCGCGGCCGUGAAUUUCGUCGUAGCACGAAGAUCGCAUCUCCUUGAGAUCAAUGAAGGACUCGCUCUCCAGGGACUCUUCACGAAUUGCGAGGUCGCGUCUGAUCCGAUUGGCUACUGCCAGGAUGGCGAAAUCGUCUGGAGCGCAGACCUCAUGAGGACCCUCUUCAUCAGCGGACUCCUCUCCUGGUUGCUCAUGACCAUCACCUACGACAUCGGAAUCCCAGGCGGCUAUUUCUUCCCCUCCCUCUUGGUGGGCGCCUGCUGUGGGCGAGGCUCAGGCCUCCUUGCUGAGUGGGUCAACAGCCAGUUCGACCUUGGAGCAACGAUUCAGCCAGGAAUCUUUGCUAUGGUCGGUGCCGUGGCAACCCUGGCGGGCGUCUGUCGAGUCCACAUCUCUCUGGUGGUGGUCAUGUUCGAGCUGACAGGCGCUCUUCAGCUGGUGGUGCCGUUCAUGGUCGCCAUCAUGAUCGCCAACUGGACCGGGAAUGCGUUCACCUGCAGCAUCGAUGACUGCCACAUACGACGUCGCGGUUAUCCGCACUUGUGUGGAUGCGACAGAGUGUUCAAGAGUCGGGCAUGUGACAUCAUGGACGAGGAGUUGGUCUGCCUGACCUGUGGAGCGGCCAGAGUGUCAGAACUGCUGGAUCUUGUGCGGCAGACCCCAUACGGAGGGUUCCCCCUGAUCCAAUCCCCGGAGAAGCGCACGUUAUUCGGAUACAUCGCCACGGCGGUUCUUCGGAGCCAUCUCGAGGGGCUUCCAUCGCGUGUCCUUGCGCAAAAUCCCUUGGUAUCGUUCGACAGGGAUGUCGCCAAGGAGUCAGGAGGUCGGAUUCUAGACUUCUCGCCGCUCGUGGACCCGACGGUUAUUCAGAUCGUGCCACAAACACGCCUUGAGCAGGUUCACCAAAUAUUCCUCGGGCUUGGUCUCAACCUGGUGCUUGUCUGCAGCUUCGGUGAGUUGGUCGGGAUGAUCACGAA